AUGGGUUCAUGUUUGAGUAAGAAAAAAGGGUCUUCUACUUCUGCCUCUUCCCCUCUUGCUGCAACCAAGUCAGCUUCCACAGUUUCUGAGCUGAAAAAUCCUUCUGUUAUUGGUGUCAAUGUUUCGAAACCCAAACUGGAAGCUGACCCGGAAGUGAAACUGAAGAAGGAGAAUACUAAUAAAGUGGAAGAGAAACAUGAGGCGGUGCCAGAAGUUGAGGGGCAUGUGAAAAAGGAGAUAUUCAUCAUCAAGCACAGGAAGAGCCAUGAUGACAGAGAGAGAAAUUCCAAGUCGCCACCUUGCACAACUCAGCAGAAUGCGACCACUGAGUCAAUGGGUGACAUUACUGCACAACCAGCAGCAACAAACAUGGGUGUUGCAGGAGUGAGGACUUCAAGCUGCACCAAAGAAGAGGUGGAUGCAAUUCUCAUACAGUGUGGGAGGCUCAGCAGAAGCUCUUCAGGUAAUGCUGUUGCUCCUUCUGGUGAACUCAGAAGAAGGUACUCUGGUUCAAAGAGAAGUUAUGAUUUUGACCAUUGUGACAACACCGUAUCCAAUGAUGAGGACUCAAAGAAGGCCAAUGCCAAUGAAAGCAACAGUGAUUUGUGUGAGGAUGAGAGGCACCAACACAGGCUGCGGCACCGCCAGUCACCUAGUCCAAGGCCUUCUUCUCAGGAGAGGAGAAGAAGAACCCCUAGCAGGGAAAGAGAGCAGCAACAGCGGUCAAGCAGCAGAGAGAGGAGAGUUAGUAGAUCUCCAGGAAGAAGGUCAUCAGAGAACACCACACCUGUCAACGCAAGAAAUAAUAGCAACACUAGUUCUAGGCCUGGGAAGAUGGUUUCUGUGCCUGCCACUGUUUCAUCACUAGUAAUGGAUAAGAGUAACAAUAAUGGUGGUGGUGGUGCAGAAUCUGUAGCAACCACUGGUAUCAAGAGGAUAACAGUGAAGAGAAAUGUGGGUGCUGCCUCACCGCGUUCUCAGUCUCCUGCAAGAGCAAAUGGGAAUGCAUCAAAUGCUAAUAAAGCAUCCAAUGAGAAUCAGCAGCAGCCAUCCCUUAGCCGCAGCUCUUCAAGGAAAGCAGAACAGUCACCUUACAAAAGGAAUCCAUUGAAUGAAAUUGAACCUAACUCCCUUGCUUUUCCCCAUUCAACAGCCAACAAUAACAGCAGUAGGGUUCAAAAUAAACCCAAGAAGGAAUUUGAAUCAGAGGCUAUUCAGAGAACAAAUAGCAGUAGAACUGCAUUGGACCAGGGCGUGAGUUUAAAUUGCAAGGCAAAGGUGCAACAAGAGGAAGACAUCAAAGUGCUAUCUUCAAGUACUGAUAAAACAAUGGUAGCAACAGGGUUUGACAACCUAAAACCCCAUACAUUAACAAGAAGCAGAUCUUCAAGGCGAUCCCGGGACUUAGACUUCAACCCUGAAGCUCUAUUGAAUCCUCCACAGUCCUACGCUUCACUGCUGCUUGAAGAUAUCCAGAACUUCCAUCAGAAGAGCACUCCACCUGUUUCUCUCCCAGCCUGUGUCACCAAAGCUUGCUCUAUCCUUGAAGCUGUUGCUGAUCUCAACUCUAGCACCGGCUUAAAUUUCUGUGGUGCAGAGGACAAGAGAAGUCCACCAGCUUUUCAGUGUAGUAGGAAUGACUACAAUGUUCUAUUGACUGCCAAUGAUUACGGGAAGAGGGAACCAGAUGCUGAGGACCCAGUUGUAGAAUCUAUGUUAGUAUUCAAUGAUGAUGAUGUGAUGGAAUCAAGCUUGCAUAAGUAUGUGACAGUGAAUAGGGGUGGUUCACUUGGUGGGGUGGACAUGGAGGACCAAGAGUCUUCAGGAAGUAACAGCUUCACUGUCGGUAGUGGUCAACAGCACUGGGGAGUUUCUUCUUCAUUUGAGCCCUGUUCUGUUGGAUCAAAAGAUUGCUGGACUUCAAGAUUGAACUACUCCAGAGAGGAAGGUCAGAAAAGUCCAUUAGGCUUGAGAGGGAGUGUGUCAUCUGAAACAGGAUGUGAUGCGGAUGGAGCCAGGAAGAAGUUGAACAGCAAAGGAAGGGAGUGUGAUCAUCAGCAUGGGUGUGGGAUAGGGCGUGGCAGGCUUAGUGCCAAUAAAGCUCUUCACGCCGUUCCUAUUGUCACAGCAUCUGCAUCCAUGUAG